GUUUCUGUUGACCACCCGAUUCAGGGGCACAUAUGUACACGGUGCGAAACUCGGCCACAGCCACAGCCACGGACCAACACUCAUCACCAGGACUUCAUUUAUGUCUGGUCGUCGAGUUUAAUGUCUAUAAAUAUCUCUCGUAGCUGAGGUGGAGCAAUGAAGAGCGUUCGUGGGCGACACACACGUACAAGGUCCGCCGCAUGUUAAGCUACUGUUGCAUGUAGGUGGGGGAGCACUGUCGCUGUCCCAGGUGCUGAAAGCGCUCGUCAGUCAAUCUGCGGCAAGCCAACGAGACAGUAAACGGUUUUUGAUCGAGACAAUAUGCAUGGUCUGAUGUGAAUGCUGAACAAUAGCAAGGCAGUCAACAUAGCUCUAGUCAGAGUAAAUGGAUCUCACGUCCUCUAAUGUUUAAAGGAUGAAGAGAUUUUUCCUGUCAACCGUGCCACUGCUAAUUCUCAGCUGUCUAGGUGUCUCUCGCGUCUUUGCGGACAGUUUGGCGGCUCCUGUCAAUGUGACCAUCAAGGCUCUGAAGUCCAACUCUGCCGUGGUGACAUGGGACAUCCCCGAGGGGGACCUUGUCAUCGGCUUUGCCAUCACACAGCAGAAGAAGGACGUGCGCAUGCUGCGCUUCAUCCAGGAAGUGAACACCACCACCCGAUCCUGUGCAUUAUGGGACUUGGAGGAGGAGACCGACUACAUUGUGCACGUGCAGUCCAUCAGCAUGAGUGGGCCCAUGAGUCAGCACAGCGAACCCCUGCGCUUCCGCACGCCCAAGGAGUCUGAGACACAGGCCUCGAAGAGUAAAGACGAGGUGACCAUGGAGGAAGUGGGAGCUCAGCUGAGGGCAGGGGAGUUCAUCAUUAUCGUGGUGGUGCUGAUCAUGUGGGCAGGUGAGGGGUGGAAUGUUUCAAAAGGUGUGAUCGCUCUCUURUGCCGUCAGUAUGACAUCAUCAAAGACAACGAGCCUAACACCAACAAGGACAAAGCCAAGACCUCAUCAGAGUGCAGUACUCCAGAGCACCCGACGGGGGGGCUGUUGCGCAGUAAGUUCCCCAAGAACAACAACAACAACAACCGGGCGCCAUCUGUGAACAUCAUCGAGGUGUGACGGCCAGAACACUCUCUAAUCCAAAGGAUUGAGUGUAUUCUAAACAGAGCAACCAAAGGGCCCUUUAUGCCCAUCUGCUUGUUAGGAUGAGGCUGGGACUGUGGGUCGUGGCCAGCCCUUUGGCAUGGGGCCUGGGUGUGAACUGGGCCCUCAGGACUCCAGGGUCCAGGUCUCAGAGGAGAGGCUCUAGAUGUGGUAGCAGGACUGUGGCUGUCACUGCUCUAAUUAUUGCCAGAAGGUCAAGGAGAUAAGGGCCAAAUGGGUUCAGCUAUGAGUUGAGAGAGAGGAGAAAUGAACAUGGCCAGGGGACUGCAUAUAACCAGGGCCAGAGACCCUCUCUCUCAGCUUGUUGUUAAUGAACUGAAACACACUGUCCCGGCCCCUGUUCCCCAUACUGCAACCAAGGCUUGAGCACUGUGCACCGUGUGAAAAUGAACUCCCCCUACUGCAUCUCCUCUCUUACAGUGUUUAUUUAUUUGCCUCCUAUUAUGCUCAUUUGCUGUAAGGCACAUACUGUACUCCUUACUAUUGUUUACCUCCUUUGACAUAUUAUACCUCUUAUUCAAAUUAUA